AUGGCCACGACAUCCUUGGAGAUCAGCGGGGCCAUUCCCGAUGAGAACUCACCAGCCGCAAUAGACGCUCGCCGCAAGGAAAUGCAAGCUCUGGAGCAGGCCGCCCUCGAAAUUCUCGGUCCUUGCCUCCCAGACCUGAAGGAAUCGACAAUCGACAUCCAGAUCCCAGACGGGUUUGUAAGCCAGACCAUCGUCAUCUGGCCUGUCUUGGAACGAUCGAGAGGCAACCAGACUGUGGAGAAGUGUCCCCUCAUCGUGUACUUCCAUGGAGGAAGCUUCACUUUUGACACGCCAAACUUCGCACUUUCCCCAGCCCGUGCGUUUGCAUCGUAUUUUGGAGCCAUCGUCGCCUGUCCGUCCUACAAGCUGGCGCCGGAGAACCCUUUUCCCGCGCCGAUGCAAAGUGCAUGGGAGGUAGUAGCCUGGCUAUCCGAUCCACAGAACCUCAACAAUGGGCCUCUCAAACACGAUGGGAUCGAGUUUGAUGCUUCCCUCGGCUUCGUGCUGGCAGGGUGCAGUGCUGGCGCAACCAUCUCCGCAGUCAUUGCUGGCAUCGCGUCCGCUGCACGGGCAGGUGAGACGGAGCUGGUGCGAGGGUUACGCAGCCUUGUCUCUCCCAUUGGAGGACUCUUCUUGUCCCUCCCUCAUGUCGUCCAUCGGGAAAUUGUCCCAGUGAAGCAUGCAUCUGCGUUCCGGUCCCGUGAGGAGAAUGCAAAUGCUCCAAUCAUCAACGCCACGUCUCUGGCUAACUCGGAAAAGCGACUGAAGACCGACUUCCACUCACCUUGGUUUUCCCCCCUCAACCUAGAUCUCCGUGAGAUAAGAGAACAUCACCCUCGACGGGUUUACGUGCAUGGUGGCCAGUUGGAUAUCCUUCGCGACGACGCGGUCAUCUAUGAACGGGUGCUGAGAGAAGACGGCGUCGCUGAGACAAAGGUCGACGUGCUCGACGGCUACGGCCAUGUGGGUUGGGUGUCGCUGCCGUUUCCCGAAGCCCACUCGCCAGAGGUAAAGGAGACGGCAAUGGAUGGCAUGGCGUGGCUCCUGGACAAGGAUUGGGACAGAAGCAGACCACUUCCGUACUAG